CCUAAACAUUAAAUGCAUUAUUAACUUUCUUCUUUUCUCGUUUCCUUAUGCAAUGCACAAAAAACUAGUCAGGGACACAAGAGUAAAUUCUAGUUACUGCAUUAAGUAAUUUUUUACUGCAUUUAGCAAUCAUGUUUUUUUUUUUCAAGACAAACUUGCCGUUUGUCUUUCCCUGCAUUGCGUUACUCCAUCCCGUUUCUUGGCACGGAACAACAAUUAAACCAAUUGUCUUGACAAAUUCAAAUCAUACACAUCUCAACCCAGUACUUUGUCUUAGCCAUAUUAAAACCCUUCCUUCCUCCCUAUCAAGACAUCUUCCCAGUUGUCUUGCUAGCCCGUUUAACCAUCAUCUUCCCCAAUCGAUCGAUACUUACACAUACUCGACCCCUCUGCUUCGUUUUCAAGUUUUGGUUCGACAAAAACUUGCUGAUUUCGUCUUUUUCAAGCGAUUUCGCUUGCUGGUUCGUUAAUUCGUCCUAAGAUAAGUCGAAUCCAUGCCCGUUCUUGAUCUCUCAGGUCGCCUUCACUGUGUUUAAUCAGUCGAUUCUCUGUUGUUGUUUUGCUGUUGAAGUCGAACCCUGUGCUGGCUUGUUAAUCUCGAUUUGUCCGAUUGAAAGCAGAAUCGCUGCUUGGUUUUGCAUUUGGAUUUUCGAACUAAUCACCUGGUUGUUAAGCUCGAGCAUCCAGGACUGAUUUUCUGUGUUUAAUCCAUUACUUAACUGCGGUUUUUGUUGUGUUUUGGCUUGGGUAAUCUGCUUGCUUGCUGUGUAUCUUCGAUCUGGCGAAUUGAUUUUUUUUUUUUUGACGAACAAUAAGAUUUUAUUAAACAUAGAACUUAAGAACACAGUCGGGACAAACCCCCAAACUGACAACUACAACCUGAUUGUGAAACAAAAAUCGAGCUAAACAAAUAGCCGUUUUGUUUUCAGAUUGCUUAACAGAUAGAAUAUAAAUAUUCUUGAUAUUAAAAAUGAUUACAAAAGUUUCUCGAGCAAUCCAGUCGACACCGACAUCACUGAAAAUAGUAGAAUCACAAUUGACCUGCGCACAUAAAAAACCGGUGAUAGACCAGUGUUCAUAUCCAUCAGUUACACCAACUGAGGUUGGGGGUACAGAUGCCCCAUAUAUUGAACAAUCGGCGAAUUGAUUGAAUAAGCAAUUAGGGUUCUUGAAAUUCUGAUUUGGGGAUUUUCAGUUAAGGCUGCGUUUGGGAUAUAUGAGAUUAAUUUGGGUAUUUAACUUAAGGGCUUGUUUGGCUUUUGGGUUAAUUUGGUUAUCUUGACUUAAGGCCUUGUUUGGAGUUGUGACUUUAUUUGGAGAUAGUGGAUUUAAGACCGCGUUUGGAUCUAUUGUUGUGGUGAAUUGAAUUUUGGACCAUUCACUAAUUAAUUAAGUUUUAAUUCGAGAUUAUUCUAUUAAUUCGAAUUAUUAAUUAAUUAAUUAAUUGUCCAUUAAUUAUUAGUUGAAAUUUGUGAGAUAUUUGAGAAUUAUCUUUUAUGUGAAAAAUUCUCGCUUAAUUUAAUUUUUAAUUAUAAAAAUGAAUGGUCAGUUCAAAAUUAUGGAGACGAACUAUUAUGGAUACUUGGAUCCCGAUUCUUGCUCGCUUCGCUUCAGGCCGUGGAUUCAUUUUCUGAAUGAACAGUGUUUAGCCAGCACCGCCAUUACUGCCUCUGCAGACAUUCAAGUGCAACCCCUCUAUGACUUUUAUUCCACUGCAGUUAAUUCAACUACUUUGGACAAUUACAAGAUCAUUGGUGAAAUUAGAGGAGGCAAGAGAAUCACAAUUACUACGGAUGAUGUGAACAGAAUACUUGGAUUCCCGAGGAAUAAUUUUGCUGAGGUUCCGUCUGACCAUGAGUUGACUCACUUCUUUCAGACAAUCCACUACCAAGGGGAAAUCCAGCUGUCAAAGAUGUCUAAGGGUAACCUAAGAGCUGAGUGGGAUGUGUACUUUGAUACUUUUGCGAAAGUAUUUGCUCCCACUGAUCGGAGAAAUUUUGGUAAUAUAUCUUCCCUUCUACAGGUCUUUGGAUUCUGUUGUGCUCAUAAUCGUCCUAUCAAUUUUGGGGAGAUUCUUAUGAAGGUUAUUAUCAACAAGCUUGGUCCCGUAAUGAAUCGGAAUGUGCAAAACAAUGCCAAAGUUGACUGCUUCUAUCCGAGGUUCUUUAUGUUGUUUUUGAAUGACAAGAUGUCUCAAGAAGACAAGAUCUUCUACAUGAACUCACCAGUGGCUCCUACAUCUAAGUCUUGUACUAAGCUGAUGACCAGACUUACUGCAGCAAAGAAACAUAAUCGGGUUCCUCUCACUGUCACUCCUUUCAUGCUGGAACAGUUCAAUGCACAGUUACAGCCAUAUCAACUACAAGUGGCACCACCUCCUCAACCACUGCAACAACUUCAACCAGGAGAACCACUUCCACCAUUUCAACCUCAACAAGAACAACCUCAACAACAACCAGAACCACAAGAGAUGCAAUAACAACAUCACAUUCCACCACUUCUUCUCAUCCAAGACUACCAAUCCUCUAGCCAAUCUUCACACUACUCUCCAUACCCAUCUCCUCACCAAUCACCUCUACAUCACCCUUCAGCACCACCUGAAACAGAACCACCUCAACACAACUUCUUCCCUAUACAACAAUCAUCUAUCCUUCCAUCACAAUCUGAACCUACACCCUCAAAUGUCCAAACAUAAUACUUCCCCCAAACACAAUCAACCUCUCAGCCACUACCAGCUGAUUCUGACAUCAAUAUUGAGCUACAGAACUUUCGUGACGACUUACAGGUAGCUGAGACUGCCAGCAUUGAACCUGAAAACACCCAGGUUCAUAACCCAGCUGAUGAAUUCUUUUCAACCUCUGGUUCUUCGUCAAACACUUCCACCAACACUACUACACCUGUUGUUAAGAAGGUAGCCCGGAAACGGAGUGGGAGUGCUAUGAUUCGUGAACCCGCAGAUCUGUCUCAUAAGAAGCUAAGGGUGGAUGAACCUGAGACAACUGCAGCCGCAUCCAUUUCCUCCCAAAAGGAUUUGGAUACUGAAAUGGGACUACUUGGCAGCUUGCAAGUACAUCUGCCUUCACAGGCAUCAGAAGGACAAUUUGUUCCUUCACUACCUAUGGUUCCAUCUCAGGGAACUUUGGUAGUUUAUACAGGUAAUGGUGACGGUGUGAUAAACAUGAGUGAAGAAAGGCAAACACUGAGCGAAACACAUGCACGUGAGAAUAGAGAUCAUUCUACGAGUGUUCGUGAGGUGAGUGCACACACCAAGACAGAUCUGUUACAGGAACAAAUGGCUGCCCUGAGAGCUGAAUGUGAAAGACUUCUUGCUGAAAAUGCUAAGUUGAAGAGUGGAGAGCUAGUCACUCUACAGAAGCAAGUUGCUGAUACUUCCUACACUUCUCUACAAAGGAAAAUGGACGAACAUGUCAAGGGUAUUUACUCUCGGAUUGACAAGAAUCAUGAGCUCUGUAUGUCAAAACUUCAUAGCGUGGAGCAAACAUUGGCCCAGGUUGUUGAUUUUUUGAAGAUUCCUCUGUCUACAGCUCAGUCAACUCCAGAGGAUCCCUCAACUAAGGGGGAGAAGGAUAAUGACAAAGAUCAGGAGGAUAAGGGUGGAGCAAGCAAAGGGAAAGAAAGUUCAAAGGACUCUUCUGAAGCAGCUAAACAUAACAAGUCUAAAGGCAAAAUGCCUGCAUCUGAUGACAUCUUCUCUAAUCAAGAUUAUGAUAACACUCCUGAAGAUGUUGCUGAUGAUGAUGCAUUUGAUGCUGCCUACUUUCAAGCUGAAGAAGAAGGUCAUUUUGAGGAAAGCUUCUUAUUCACCGAAGAUGUGUCUGUUGACCCUGAGCACUUGGAAAGGGUCAGAAAAUUUAAAGCUGAACAUGAAGCUAGCAAGGCAAAGCUUCGUGAAUUGCAAAGACUGGUGGAUGAAAAGAAGGUUACUGAUGAGUUGAUAAAGGUGGAGAAAUAGAGAUUGUGGGAUGCUAAGUGCAAGGAGAAAAGAGAAGAAAUUUCCAGGAAAGUUGGUGAAAGCUGGGAUAUUGCAAGGCAGAUCUUCUCUAGACCUCAAAGGGAACCUUUCAAGGAUGGUAAGUUCAAAUCUUUUAUCUAUGAUCUGAGAGAGGCUAAUCCUAAUGAGGAUAUGUUUAUGCGUGCUCUUGCUCUUGAGUUAGAAUAUAUAACUAUCGGUGUCAAGAAUCUCCUCGAUCAAUGGGAGAUUAUCAUUUCUACUCAGAGGAACGGAACAUUCAGGGUUUCAAUUGGUUUAUUCAAGUUAUUAUCUCUUAUUGAAAUCUGGGUGAUUCGUAACAAGAUUCGACGCAGCUCAAAUCUGAAUGAACUCCUUCGUGACCGACUUAUGGAACAUGCUGUUCAUAAUAGUCCACAAGUCGUCAGAAAUCCAUACUGUGUAAAGUUCAUUCACGAGAGCAAGUUUGGAACCUUUUACUUGGAUUAUCAACGUCUUCUCAAAUAUGACGUUAAUCAGAUGGUUCUUGUAUCGACUAUUCUGUGCACCAAGGGCUUCGCUUCGAAAGCCAAAGCUGAUGCUGAUGCUGAGAUUGUGGCUUACUGCACGAAGAGAAAGGUACAUCACUACUUCAGAAAGAUGAAGUAUAUCAACCCAACUCAGCCAUCAGACUUUAUCGAAGACCCUGUGGAUACAGAAGUUCAGUACCAGUUGUCCUUGGCUCGAGAAUGAAAGAAGCGUGGUGAAUCCACCAUAUCUGAAGAGCCUACUCAGAAUGAGCCAUCUACUCCUAUUAUUCAUGUGUCAGAUAUUGAAGAAGGAGAAGUCACUCGCUCUGAGUGAAAUAGAUUGACUAGGAUAUUUGUAAGAUAUGUUCAUAAGAACAUCCUUUUGUAAUCUAUAAUUAUUCUGGUUCAUGUUUAAUUUAA